UGUAAACAUCUAAAUAUUUUUAAAGAUUUUCGGUGCCCUUUUCCGGUUUUGUGCGAUUGUUUUAGUUCAACCUUGACGCAGUGGGGGGAGUCCAAUGGAAGCCUUCGUCGUAAGCUGGAGAAGACAAUCGAGUCUGAAUUUAGGUAGAUAAACAGAGACGAAUUUAUUAGAUGUGUUUAUAAAUCUAGUUUUUCGGCCUCGGCCUGGACUUGCCGGUCUGUCCUGUCUGUCUUGGACCCCGUGAUCCGCCGGUAACUGCCUCUGUUCGGCCUUGUUUAUACUGAACAGCUCGGCUCAGAGAAGCAGCAGGCCCGGCGGCGCUGCUGCUGUAUGUCUGUGAGGCUAACGGCUCUGUGGGCUCAGCUCUGCGUCUGAUGCUGAUCAGCUCUUUAAAUCACCGGAGAACAUGAACCAGAUUCAACAAUGACAUCCAGAUUUGGAAAAACCUACAGCCGCAAGGGAGGAGAGGGCACGUCCAAGUUUGACGAAGUUCUGUCUACCAAAAGAGGCACCCUCAGUACCAAAUGGGGCGACACCACCUACAAGGCCAAGGUGGGCUCCAAGCGGGCUGGUGCUCCCAGGAAUGACUCAGUCCUGGAGGUUUACAAGAAGCCCCGUCCCUCUGGGCAGGGCCUGGAUGAUCCGUUCGGCUUCGACAGCGACGAGGAGUCUAAACCGGUGUCGUCCCGGGCAGGCAGCAAGUCGUUGGCCUCCAAGCCGGCUGCAGCGGAGCCUCCGCAGGCAGAGAGACCAGGCUUUUCAUUGGAGGUGGGGAGCCGGUCCAGCUUUGAGGGAGGAUCCCACAGCAUACUGUCAGCUUCAGAGACCCAAUGGAGUUCUGGGGAUGGGAAUCAGCUGAGGAUGAUGGAAGACACAGACUGGUUCUUCAACAGCAACACUGCAGACACAGGAACGUCGUGGCAGAGCCUGGCAUCGUCACAGAACCAACACAGCUACUCGUGGUACCAAAAUGCUUCUGACAGCGACAAGAAACCCCUGGCCCAGACCACCGCCCUAAAGACGGGCUCCAACGCAGAAUCCACGUGUGACUCCUGGGACGCCAUAAUGGGUCUCCGCCCACCAUUGCCCAUUCAGGAACCUCGUAAUCCGGCCCCCGCACUCUCAUGGGGCCCGGCGGGAUUGGCUGCAGGUGGUCACUCGGUGCAGACGCUGCACAGGAAGCCCCUCUCUCCUCCACGACUGCAGAGCCCCAGUGAGAGAAACGAUCUAAUGGGGGGGUCCAACCUCGCUGAGAUGUCCAAAUUCUCCCAGACAUCCUCUUCGUUAUCACUUGAAAGGAACUCAAACUGUCGGACGUACAGGAGGCCCAACAAACAGGGCUCUGGAAAGGCUUUGGACUCCAGCAGCUUCGACAACGCUGCUUUUGGCACUGACCUUCCCAAAUCCACAACUGAAGCCAAUGAUACCAAAACAACAGGUGGGGGAGGGGGCAGGACGAGGGACUGCACAGUGCUGCAGCCCUCAUCCGUGUCGAUGUGUAAUGUCACCAACCAGGACCGAGGCAGGGAAGAGUUUAUUACUGAUGCAGCGCCUGCUAGUGGUGCUGGUGGUGCCGCUUCAGGCAGUACGGCAGAGCUGGGAGAACAGGGAUGGCAGCGGAAAAAGACAGAAGCGCAACAGCCAAGGCCCAGGCAGACCCAGACCAAGUCAAAAAAGGAGGACCUUUUCGGCUUCGACGACACAGAUUUUCAUCUGGAAGAGAACAGCGGCGACAGCGCAGACGGCAGGUCCACCUACAAAAUCCAGUACUUCGGCUUUGAUGACAUGAGCGACAGCGACGGCGCGGAGGACAACUCUGAACCCAACCUGAGGAGGAAUGUUACGCAGGCUGCAGUCUCCAAGGUAACCCCGGUGGUUACCGCAACGGAAACUGUGAUCGACGACGUUCCGGAUCCAUUCGAGGGGCUGGAGAGCCGAGAGCAGCAGAUCUGGGAGAAGCCGGCAGCCAAGGAGAGCAAGAAGAACUCUGAGAGGCUGGACAGAAAGACUCAUAGAGAUACUCUGGACUUCUCAGAGGACAGCCUCCGAGUGCUGGCCAGCGGUCCCAAGAGGGCGGCUCAGGGCAAGCCGGCUGAGAAGAAUCCUGACACAUUCCGGAGGAUCUUCAGUGCACAUAAGAAGUCUCCCACCAAAGCUGUGUACAACGCCAGACACUGGACUGUGGAGAGCGAGGAUCAACCUCCGCCGCCUUUCUUCUCCCGAUCACAUGCGAACUCUGCGUCGGUCCCGACUGGGAGCGCCAGCAAGGAGCCGACCGAGUCAGAGAAGGACGAUGGGGUCUUCAAGGCUCCACCUCCUCCUCCAAAGGUCACAAAGUGUGUCACCGUUCCCACAGAUCCUUACCAGGACACGGUCACCACACUCAAGUGUCAUAAGACACACAAAGAGCUAUACACAGUGGUCCAGCAUGUGAAGCACUUCAACGAUGUGGUGGAGUUUGGAGAAAACCAGGAGUUCACAGACGACUUUGAGUACCUCACCACCGGUCUGAAGAGCGGGCAGCCGCUCAACACUCGAUGCCUUAGUGUGAUCAGCCUGGCCACUCGCUGUGCCAUGCCUAGCUUCAGGAUGCACCUCCGAGCCAGAGGGAAGGUAGCUAAGGUCUUCAAAACGCUAAACGACGCCCCGCAGCUCCCGAACCUGGCUCUGUGCACAGCAGCUCUGAUGUACAUCCUGAGCAGAGACCGGCUGAACAUGGACCUGGACCGAUCCUGUUUGGACCUGAUGAUCCGGCUUCUUGAACUGGACCAGGAUCAGGGAGCCGGGACUGGGCCGGACUCCAGCGUCCAGUUUAGUGCCAAAGAACUGGCGAAGAUAAAGGAGAAGAUCAGGAAGUUGUGCGACACUGUGCACAACAAGCACCUGGACCUGCAGAACAUUACGACGGGUCAUUUAGCCAUGGAGACCUUGCUUUCUCUGACCUCGAAGCGAGCAGGAGACUGGUUCAAAGAGGAGCUGCGGCUGCUGGGAGGACUGGAUCACAUCGUGGAUAAAGUAAAAGAGUGUGUUGAUAACCUGAACCGGGACGACCAGGAGGAGAACCUGGUCUCGUCGUUGUGGGGAGCAGAGAGGUGUUUACGGGUGCUGGAGAGCGUGACGGUCCACAACCCAGAGAACCAGAGCUACCUGAUUGCUUAUAAGGACUCGUCACUCAUUGUCUCCUCUGCAAAGGCCCUGAGGAGGUGCGAGCAGAUGAUCCAGCGAUACAGCAGGGAGAUAAACUCAGACGGAGGUAUGGUGGGGAAGGCAGUGGAAGACUGCAUGAGGGCCAUCAUAGGAGUCCUGCUCAACCUGACGCACGAUAACGAGUGGGGCAGCACAAAGACCGGCGAGCAGGAGGAUUUGAUAGUGACAGCUCUGAACUGUGUUCUCAGAGUCCCUCAGUAUCUUCCUCAGGAGCAGAGAUUUGAUAUCAGAGUGCUGGGUCUGGGUCUGCUGAUCAACCUGGUGGAGUACAGUGCCAGGAACAGAUACUUCCUCAUGGAGAUGGAGAUGGAGGGGGGUCAGGGGCCUUGCGACUCCACCGUAAUGCUCAGCGAGCACCAUCAGGACCUGAGCAGCAGCGGCGGGCCUCUAAGCGCCAUCGCUGCUCUCGUACAGCUAUUCUUGCAGCGCGAGCGAGCCGCGGUGCUGGCUGAGGCGCAGACUGAUGACCUCAUCAAAGAGGCUCCUAAGCCGGCGCUCGACAAGAGCGGGGAGUGGCAGGAGACUGGAGGCGAGAUCCAAUGGGUCGCCAAUGACAAUGCCUCUGACAAGCAGGAGGAGGGCAAGGAGAAGAAUGACGAGGAAGACGAGCAGUUGGACCUAAACAAAGCUCUGCAGCACGCAGGGAAGCACAUGGAGGACAGCAUCGUGGCCUCGUACACAGCAGUGCUGCUGGGUUGCCUGUGUCAGGGAAGCCCGAUGAAUGUGACUACUGUGAGAGAAAACCUGCCAAAAGGAGAUUUCUCCAUCAUGACAGAAAUGCUGAAGAAGUUCCUCAACUUCAUGAACCUCACAUGUGACGUCGGCACCGCAGGACAGAAGCCCAUCUCCCGGAUCAUUGACUACCUGGAGCACUGCUAGAGAAGCCUACUACACACAAACUCUCUGUUCUUUACACACACUAACACACGCACACACCAUUUUCUGCAACUGGGACAUGUGCCGCUUCCUCCCUCAGUCAAAGGAGCCUCCCAUUGUUCUUCCUCAUCAUCAGUGGAUGAUUUGGUCCCUCCACCCCACUCAUCUGAAGUGUCAAUCUAAACCAGUAGUUUGCUUUUAGUUGUUUAGUUUAAGGUUCCUCAGGAUGACUUUUGUUUGCCUUGCGAUGGAUUUCUUGUUGAAAGUUCCUAACAGUUCAGCUCCUGUCUGACUUUCCCUCUAUUGAUUGAUGUCAGAUUGGAGCGAAGCGUCCGUUUACUCCGUUCUGUCCUCAGAGCUUCAAACAACCCGAGAUGAUUAAAAAAUGAAAGUCUAAAAUGAUCGCUUUGCUCUAAAAGUCACACCCCCUCUCUUUUGUUGUGCUUUUUUUCUGCUUUCACCUCUUGGCUGUGUUGAAAGGAUACUCUGGAAUCAAAGCUAUUGAUCUUUUCUGGGUCAAAACCACAGAGACGGGUCGGAAGAGAAAACUGAUGAGAAGUGUGACCACCUGGAAAUGUUGCUGUGGGGCCUGUUCACUUUUAGUUAUUAAAACCAAUAUGUCUUUUCUUCUUGUUUGCCUUUUUUAAAUCAGAUUUUUUUCUGAUGGAAAUGGCCAACUGUAGUCUGCUGUAGUAGAAACCCAAACCCGGCUGUACGAGAACCACAACUGAGAAGCAGAAAACUCUGGCUGAAAAAAACUUUCCCUCACAAGCUGAGAUAGUUUUUUUGUUGUUGUUGUUGUUUUUUUCUAAAGCUUUGUGUCUACAGGCUCCAAAAGUCCAGGACCGGUCCGGGUCUGCAGGAUCAGUCUGAACCUUCACAAUCUGUCUGAUCCGUCUGGAUCAGACUGAAUAUCUAAGAUCUGCCCUCAUUCAGCUUCUCUUCACCAGUCUGGGUGAUGAAGAUAAGCUGAAGCACAAACGGCCUUUUCAAGCCAGCACUUUGAUCCUCAUGCUGACUUCUUUUACCUUAAAUGACUUAAGUUUUUUUAUUUCCCAGAAUAUCUGCUUUAACUUUUGAGAGCCUGAAUCUGUCCAACAUGUCAUAUGUAUGUGCUGUCCUUCAUUCCUCAAGCCCCAGAGGUGAAAGUGUGACUUUUCUUCUUUGGUGCAAAGGAAAACUAGAAUCCUGGGUCCUGUUUAUCCCUGUGGAAGCUAGCAGGUUCUUAACAAAUGGCUGGAGAUGGACACAAGAUAUGAAUGAAGUUAAAGAGAGAUCAUCAGUAUUUAAGAUGAGGAGAGGGACUGAAACUUGGAGGACAUUUCUUUUUAGGUUCUUUUGGGUGUCUCAGACUUGGUCGGCUAAUGAAGAGCCAGUUUUAAAAAUGUAACUCCCAGGAACCCAGAAGCUGGUUGGCUCAUCAGCUUCUGAUUCACCAAGGCAAGGAUCAUUUUUGACAUUUCAUUCAUAAAUUUAUGUUCUAAUUCAGACUUUUCACAGGCACCAACACUGUUGGGUCUUUUAAAAGACUUCAGGUAAAUCUGUCUAUCUUUAACCCCGCAACACGUGUUUUCAUCUUAAAUAUGCUGUUCUACGUGUUCCAGUUUAACUUUCUACUGGAUGCGAUGUUGUUUAGAUACCAAAUUCAGGUUCUUGAGAGGUUUCUUAAUUUGUUCGAGGCAUGUGUCACCACACAUUUCAACCCUCACACUCCUUUAAACAGACGUUUACAGAGCUUUAUUCCCGGACGGCUGCAGGAUGAAUGGAAGAGCUUUCUGUACAUAGUCCCUGUACAUAGAUUGAGUUCCUCGUAGGAGGAGAGUGAUGGGGAGGGGGGUAUAAAGGGUGGGGUGGGGGUUCAAUUUAAUUUUAGAUGCUAGACUUUUCUGAAUCGGACUCUAUUUUUCAUUUUCUAAAGCUUUUUUCGCCCAGUUGUGUUGUUCGUUUUGGACAGAGAGCUUCUGCUGGAAAACUUGAUCUUUGUACCAAUUUGCAGACUUGUGUCUUUGGUUACAUGUACAUAAUUUUAAAAUAAUAAAAAUUGCUUUCAGUAA